UUGAUUCAUGGCUAAUUCAACAACGGAACAAUCUCCCUAUGGUUCUCGACGACGAGAGGAACCAGAGUUCAAUCUCAGAGAAUGGGCUUCAAGGGCUCAAAUCAGUCGUGAGAACACCAAAUCAAGAAGGUUUUCAGGAUCACAUAUCAGAAGUUUCAGAGAAGAUGCAAGGUCUUUUAGAUCAAGCAUUACCAUCUCUAGCACCGCUUCAUCUCCUGGCUAUCCUCUCAAAGAAGAAAUUGACCCAUCAACAUACUCCUUCACUACUGCUCUCAAAGCAUUGCAGGCAAGAGCAGUGUAUAACAGCUGGGAUUGCUUAUCACCAGAUGGGUUUGCAUUGAAUUCUAAGUGGAAUGACGCGGAGAAGUAUAUAUGCAAUCCGCUUUCAGGAGAGGUGCCAGUGGAAUGUUUGUCAGCAAAAACUCUUAGCGGGAGAUCAUUUCGUAACCCAGCAAAUAGAAUUACAAUGUCUGCACCUCUUGUUUACUCUUCCCAUUCGAAGAAAGUCCACACAAAGCCCUCCGUUGCAACACCAGAUGAUUGUGUUCAAUUUCCCCUUCAAGAAAAGAAAAUGGAAGGCAUGACUAGAGAUGUUGGGACUCAAAGUACACCACCUGACCUUAGUUCAAGUAGCCCUAGUCCUACCUCUACUCCUCCUAUUACAGAGAGAUCUUUCAAGAGAUGUGAAGCAGUUGGAGAUUCUCCUAAAUGUAAUGACAAGUUAAGAGCUGAAGGGAAGGUGGAAGAAGAGAAAGAAACAAGAAGGGAAAAAGAAGAAGAAACAACAAAAGGAGAAAGCGAAAAAGAGGAGAGAAAGAAAAAGGAAAACGAGCAAAUGUGGAGGUGCAGCAGCAGCAUGCAGGGUGGGUGCUUGUCAUGGAUGAGAAGAAGGCAACGAAAGAAACACAAAACAAGAAAGAGGAAUAUCUUUCUUCUUAAUCUUGAAGGAUGUUAAACAAAAAAAGAAAGUGAAAUAUUUGGAGGGUUUUCAAGAUUCCUUCUCCCCCGCAAACAGAAAGAAAGAAAGAAAGAAAGAGACAGAGGGAAGAGAGAUUUUGGCAAUGCAUGCAUGGAUUUGUAUCUGUGGUGGGGAAAAUGAGGGCAGCAACUAUGAAUGGACAGAGAUGAAAGAUAGUGGCAGUGGCAUAUGAUGAUGAUGAUUAUAUUUAUUUAUUUCCGUUUUAUUUCUUACCUUUUUUUUGUUUUUUCCGUGGUUUAUAGUGGCAAGCGACGUUAUGUGUUGUUUUGUUCCUUUGCUAUGGUGGAAAUUAGCUGACAGCUUUUGGGUUCACGUGGGCGCUUUUGUUUGUGGCUUUAUAAUGGAAGGGAUCCCUCUUUCAUCUCU